UUUCUAUAUACAAAGAAAAAGAUUACAUAUAAAAGAAAUCACAAGUCUCUUCUAUGUUUAGUUUACUUCAUAGCUACAUUAUAAGCCCUGGCCUCUCCCACCCUCCCUAUAUCAUAUAAAGUAUCUCCCGGUUGACCAACAUGUUCAUACAAAUUAAGCCUUUCAUGUUUCCAUCUUUCACUCUUUUCACUUUUAGGUUAUAUUCACAAUUAUUCCAGUAUUAAUUCUCUUGCUGUGUAUAAGGUUCUCUUGGUUCUACUCAUUUCAUUGUUCAUUAUCCUGUGUAGUUCUUUCUAAUUUUUAAAAAAAUUAGCCUGCCUAUCAUUUCUUAUGGUAUAAUAUUAUUCCAUCACAAUCAUAUAUGACAAUUUGUUUAACCAUUCUCCAAUUGAUGGGCAUCCCCUCAGUUUCGAAUUCUUUGCCACCACAAAGAGAACUGCUAUAAAUAUUUUGGAAUAUAUAGGUUCUUUCCCUUUUUCCUUGAUCUCUUUGGGAAAUCAAACAAUGGUAUUACACAGUUUUAAAACUCUGGGUAUAAUUCUAAAUUGUUCUCCAAAAGGGUUGGAUCAGUUCAUAGUUCCACCAAGAGUGUAUUAGUGUGAACUCACUUUCUAAUAGUGAAAGAUACCCAUUUAGGUUUUAGCUGCAAGUCAGAUCGAGUCAGAAAAUCUUAGUGACCCACACUAUUCAACAGCAAAGCAGAUAGCAAUGCAUCUUCUUUAAGUUUAUUUCUACUAAUAAAAAUUACAUCCAGUUUGGAUGUUUAAUCAUUCACCAGUAAAGAACUUUGAUUUUGAGAACUUUCUUUUCUGGUUCUUCAGUAGCAGUGAUUCCUGAGAAAACAGUACUUACAGAAGUAAAGUGGACAGGUCAAAAUUUCCACAAGAGGUGAUUGCCUGAAUAAUGUCUUUAGAGUAGAAAAAUCCACAGUCACACCUCCUCUUGAAGAUAGACUUUAGUACAGUGAUAUGAGAAAUGUCCUCAGGUACAUGUGGAGAUGGGGAGGGAAGCAGCCUGGCCCUGUGUCCCUCUGGCUUUCUAAUAAUGAACUCUGGUGAAGUCUGUGCCAUGAUGAUGAAUGUGCCCACAGAGAGAGCUCUGAGUGCUCCUCGGGCAUGCAUGCCAUAGAUUUGCCACCAUAGCUUUAUUAGAAUCUCUAUAGUCUGACUAGUCAUAGAAGGAUAAAGUAUAUUUAGGGUGCUUUCUCUCCAACCCUUAGGCAGAUCAUCUCCUUAGCCGGACAGCUUACUCCAAAAAUAUAAGUAAAUUAUCUCUCCCAGAGUCAAAGCUCAAGGUUUUGGAUCUUGGACUCUGGACAAGUGUAGAAGGAAAAGAGGACAAAGCAGAUGCUAAAUCCCUGUCCAUACCCUUAGAUUCAAAUAUCCCACAAUAACAUAUAAGUAUAUCACAGAAUCUAAAUAAAUAUUCCAUAUGUAUUAAAAUAUUCACAUCAGUUCUUUUAGGGGCAUAAAGAACUAGAAACAAAAUGGGUGCCUAUAUAUUGAGAAUUAUUAAUUAUACAUAUACAUACACAUACACAUACAAAUAAUACAUAUUAAUGUAGUGGAAUAUUACUGUAGCAAAAAAAGCAAAUAUGAGUAAUUUGGAGGAUAAGAAGACAUAUCACCUGAUGCAGAAUUCAGAAAACAGUAUUUAUUGACUAUAAUAAUAUAAAUGAGAAGAAUAAAACAAACUGAACACCAUUAAUUAAAAUAAUUAGACAUGGAUACAGGGAAGCAUUAAGAAAAUGUACCUCUAUCCCUUCACUGGGUUAGUGGUUCAAUGUAUUACUCAACUGCCUUUUUUUCUUUUCAUUUUAAAUUUUGGUUAUAGUAACUACCUCAUUGGAAAUGGAUGGGAAAAGAAUAUGGUUGGAACUGAAUAUUACAUUUUAGAAUGGUAUCAAUACAAAUACAAUUUAAUUUUUUUCAUGUAUACAGCAGAAGGAUCCAAGGUGAUAGCAUAGUAGAAAUAUUGCCAAGCUCUCUCCUACAACUCACCAGGAUCUAGAAAAGAAAGUCACAGUGAGUCAUUUUUUCAGUCUGAGUGAGCAUAGAUAGGAAAGUCUAUGGAUAAUGGAGAUGGUGAAAUGCCAGUGAAACAUUAUAGGUAUAUAUAAUGAGUGAAACAUUAUAGCACAGGGCCUGAAAGAAGGAUGAGGCUGUGUGCUAGGGUAAGAGGAGGCCACACACACUGAACGGACCAACCCUGUGCAGACUUGGCUACUCACUACUUAGCUCUAGGUCACAGAUCCAGGACAAACUAAGACGGGGAGCUGUGCUUAGGAAUGUGAGGAGCAAUGGCAAACUCUAAACUUUUUACUAAACAGAGAGCAAGUUCAGAAGCAAAUAGUAACUGUGUGGCUCUGACCCCAGGAGAAAAGUGGUAUGUGGUAGGGAGGAAAGGGAAAAGGAAAGGAUUCCACAAUUUUAACCUCUAGCCCAGUCUGAAGCCUAUAGCAGAAUAGCCAGAUAAUAAAUUCAGACUAAAAGAAGAGCUUGCAAUCCUGUUGUGAAUUAACAUCAAUCUACUAGAACUUUACCCAGGACAAUCUCAUAGAAAUAUGUCUCAGACCCAAACCCAAGUCAGAUACUUUUAGCACUCAGAAAAGCAAUCUGACUUUGCCUUGGAAUAGAUCAUUUUGGAAGCAAUGAAAACUUGCCUCAGCCAGAGGUAUUUCUCAUUUCCCCAAAAAAGUAGUAGUAGGAAUGUAGAAGAUAUGAACUUAGCCUAGACAUUUCAUAAUGACUUCCAAUUCUUUAAAUAUAUUGAAUUUUUUUUCUUGUCUUCUAUGUUUGCAUUUCAAAGUAUUUAAUUUUGGAAAUUUUAUCAAGAAUCUUUUGAAGUCUUUUCACUAAACAUCAUUUUCCUCCAGUAAAAUGACACUCAGAUUUGCUAGGUAUGUUAUUCUUGGUUGUAGGCUUUUCUCUUUUAUUUUCUUUAAUACUUUCCUCAAAACUGUCAGCCUAUGUAGCCAUCUGAAGUCUAUAAAUAAGCUGGAAAAAUGAGCAUGACCUCCUGACUUCUUCCCCAAAAGCUAUUAUGGCAAAGAGAUGCUCAAAACACAAACCCAGAAGUAAAUGACUCUAAAAAAUAUAGAAGCAAAGCCUUGAGGAAAAAAUAAAAAUAGCUUAAGUACAAGUUGAAAUAGAAUUUCUGGAAGAAAUGAAGAAUUUGUAUUAAGAUUUUAAUUUUGUUUUAAUAAAUGAAAGCACUAAAGCAAAAAAAAAAUUUGAUCUGUGGGAAAAAAAUUAGAAAAGGAGUAUUUUGGACUGUGCCCAUUUCCAGGAUCCCUGUCAGCCGCUCCCUCCCGGGUCUUCCUCCUGGGAGCUUAUCUUUGAAUCCUCCGCUCAAGGGCUGGUCUGCACCCUCCCCAUCCCAGCUUUUUCCCUUUUGAAAACACUAAGAAUAAUGUGCUUACAUCAAUUUUUACUAGAGCCAAUCACCUGCCAUGCUUGGAACAGAGACUGUACCCAGAUUGCCCUUAGUCCUAAUAAUCAUGAACUCCACAUCUACAAGAAGAAUGGGAACCAAUGGAUGAAAGCCCAUGAACUGCAGGAGCACAAUGGAUACAUCACAGGUAUUGACUGGGCUCCCAAGAGCGAUUGCAUUGUAACAUGUGGGGCAGACCGCAAUGCCUAUGUCUGGAGUCAGAAAGAUGGAAUCUGGAAGCCAGCCUUGGUGAUCUUGAGGAUUAAUCGUGCAGCCACCUUUGUGAAAUGGUCUCCCCUGGAGAAUAAAUUUGCUGUAGGUAGUGGAGCUUGACUGAUUUCUGUGUGCUACUUUGAGUCUGAAAAUGACUGGUGGGUGAGCAAACACAUAAAAAAGCCAGUUCGUUCUACUGUCCUUAGUUUGGACUGGCACCCCAACAAUGUUUUGCUGGCUGCUGGACCUUGUGACUUCAAAUGCAGAGUAUUUUCUGCCUACAUUAAAGAAGUUGAUGAAAAACUAGCCAGUACCACAUGGGGUACCAAGAUGCCUUUUGGUCAACUGAUGUCAGAGUUUGGUGUUACUGGUAGUGGUGGUUGGGUCCAUGGGGUCAGUUUCUCUGCCAGUGGGAACCGCCUCAUUUGGGUCAGCCAGGAUAGUACUGUAUCAGUUGCUGAUGCCUCUAAAAAUAUGAUGGUUUCACAGCUGAAAACAGAGUUCCUCCCACUCCUGAGUGUGUCGUUUGUCUCUGAGAGUAGCGUGGUGGCUGCUGGCCAUGACUGCUGCCCGAUGCUGUUUAAUUAUGAUGAUCGUGGCCCCUUGACCUUCGUGUCCAAAUUAGACAUUCCAAAACAGAGCAUUCAGCACAACAUCUCUGCCAUGGAACGCUUCCGCAACAUGGACAAGAGACCCACAACCAAGGAUCGCAACACUGCUCUAGACACACUACACCAAAACAGUAUCACCCAAGUGUCUAUUUAUGAAGUGGACAAGCAAGACUGCCGCAAAUUUUGCACCACUGGCAUUGAUGGAGCUAUGACAAUUUGGGAUUUCAAGACUUUAGAGCCUUCGAUCCAAGGGCUACGAAUCAUGUGAAGCUGUAUUUCCACUCUCUAGCAUGACAGACAUUUGACAGAAUGCAGCUUGAGCACUUGCAUGAAGAUGGGAAAGACCCUACCACAAGCCAACACUGAGAAAAUACCCCUUGCAGAUGUUUUGUUAUUGUUGUUUUUUUAACAUAAUUGGUGAUCCUAUUGGUUUAAAAAAAAUCAACAGUGAUAUCUUUUUGAUUGGCUGUUUCAUUCCAUUCUUGACCAAAGCUGCUCUUUUAAGUAGUUUAUUGUGGGAACUUGUCACACUAAAUUAAAGGGGGAUUUUAUGUAAAUUGUCUUCUAGAAAAAUAAAAAAUUUAAAAAUUAAAAUAAAUAAAAAAGAAAAGGAGUGUUUUGUAAAAUCUUACCAAACUACAAAUUCCCUGAAAAUUAGACUUCAUGAUUGAACAAAGUGGAAGAAAAUGUAAGGUAUCUCAUAGCAAAAAAUGACUGACCUGAAAAAGAGAUUGAGAAAAGAUAAUUUAGGAAUCAUUAGACUACCUGAAAGCUAUGAUCAAAGAAGAAAAUUGCCUUUAUUGCAUAUUUCAAGAAUUCAUAAAAAGAAAUCUGCCCAUAUCUCUUAAAACCAGAGGGCAAAGUGAGAGAAAGAAUCUGCUGGUCAUUUCCUGAAAGAAACUAGAAAAGCAAAAUUUUCAGAAGCAUUAAAACCAAAAUCCAGAGAAACUAGGGUAAAAAAAAAAAUAUUGUAUGCAUCCAAAAAUAAAGAAUCCAAGUGCCAAGGUGUCACGGUUACAACUGGAACAACACUGCCCCUUCUCUAUUCUUUUUUGCACCUUAUUUUUCUUUGCCCCACUUUAUAUAGUCUUUGACUCACACUAGCCUACUAGCUGUUCCAUUGAAGAGACACUCAUCUCAGCUCUAGGAGUUUUCUCUGACUGUUUCUCAGUCUUGGAAUGCUCUCCUUCAUUUCUGCCUCCUAGCUUUCUUGAAUUCCCAAUUAAAAUCCCACUUUCUGCAGGAAGCCUUUCCCAAUCCCUCUUAAUUCUAGUGACUCUUUGAAUUUAUCAAAUACACACUUAUUGUGCUCAUUUGCCAUGGUAUAGUUCUUUCCUGUUGUUAGAUUUGGUUUUCAGUCCCCUCAAAGCAUUUUGUUUUUGAUUGGUGAGGAAGGGUUUACAUAGGUCUGAGCUAUUGCUGUCUCUAAGCCGCCAUAUUGACGCUGCCUCCCCCCAACUGUUUUUUUUAAGGGCCUUAUAUAUUAGACUCCAUUUUUCAAGGAUUCCUUAUUCUAUGUAAUAUCUAGAAUACAAUCACUGUUGAUCAAUUUCUCUAUUUCUUACCAAGUACCAACAAACGACUGGCCUCUUCCUUCCCAUUUUUAAUUAAUUAAGUAAUUGAUUAAAAUUGUAUUUAGUCAAUUUCAAACAUUAUUCCUUGGUUACAAAAAUCAUAUUCUAUUCCUCCCUCCCCUCCCCCCCACCCUUCCCAUAGCCUCGUGCAAUUCCAAUGGGUAUUACAUGUGUCUUUGAUCAGAACCUAUUUCCAUGCUGUUGAUGUUUGCUCUAGGAUGUUCAUUUAGGGUCUAUAUUCCCAAUCAUAUCCCCCUUGACCCAUGUAAUCAAGCAGUUAUUUUUCUCCUUCCCAUUUUUUUCAUUGACUUGAUUGAUAACUUUGAACCUUUGUGACUCAAAAUGAAUUGUUUUUUUUUCUAGCUCUAUAAAGUAAUUCUUUGGUAGUUUGAUUGGUAGGACACUAAAUAAGCAAUUAAUUCAUAUACUGAUGUCAUUUUUAUUAUAUUGAUUCACCCUAUCCUAUUUUUCCAAUUAUUUAGGUAUCUUUAUUUGUGGUGAAUAUUUUCUAGGAUUAUCAACUAUGAAAAACUCUUCAAAGUAACUCUUUAACAAGUCAAUGUUCCACCACAUCUCCAAAGGAUUUAUGAUGUGUAAUGUUAUGCACCUCUAGAUAGAGAUCUGAUGGACUCAGAGUAUGCAGUUUGAAGUACAUAUUUAUUUUUUCUUUAUUUUUCUUGUUAUUCUCCCCCACUUUUGAACAUGGCUAAUGAAGAAAUGUUCUACAUGACUUCAAAUGUAAAAAGGAUGUAUUCAAAGAGUGGGGAUGGGGUGAAGGGGAGAUUUUAGAAAUGAAAAUAAAAUUUAAGAAUCAGCUACAAAAUGUUUUGUAAUUGUGUUCAUAUAGUUCCCUUGUGUGACUUGGCAGGUAGGCUCCUAUGAUAUUUUAUACUUUAUUAAUUUAAGUGGAAUUUCUCUCUCUGCUGGAUUUUAUUGGUAAUAUUAAAAAUGCCAAUGAUUUUCAUAGGUUUAUUUUCUAUCCUACAGCUUUGCUGAAGUUGUUUUGAUUAAUGUUUUUUAGUUAACUCUGUGGUUUUCUAAUGAAACCAUUAUUAUCAUCUGCAAAAAUAUUUUGUUUCCUCAUUGGCUAUGUUAGUCUUUCAAUUUCUUUUUCUUAUCUUGUGAUAGAUAGCAUUGCUAGUAUUAAAUAGUAAUGGUGAUUAUGGACUUCCUUCACUUCUGAUUUAAUUAGAAAAGUUUCUAGCAUAUCUCCAUUACAAAUAAUACUUGCUCUUAGUUUUAGAUAAAUAUUACUUAUCAAUUUAAGAAAAAUGUCACUUAUUUCUGUGCUUCCUAGUGCUUAUUUUUAAAAAAUAAAAACCAGGAACAUAUAUGGUAUUUUGUCAAAGUUUUAUGCUAUUAAAAUAAUUAUGUGAUUUGAUAUUUUUCUUAUUAAUAUGUUCAAUUACAAUUAUAGUUUUCCCAAAAUUGAACCAAUUCUGCAUUUCUUAUACAAAUUGCACCUGGUCAUAGUGUAUGAUCUUUGUGAUAUAUAGUGUUGUAAAUCUCCUUGCUAAUAUUUUACUUACAUUUUUUGCAUCAACAUUUAUUAGGGAAAUCUUAUAGUUUUCUUUCUUAGUUUUGAUUCCAUGUUUCUGUGGUAGAAGGACUUCUUUACCUAUUUUUUUAAAUAGUAAAAUUGGAAUUAAUUAUUAUUAAAUGUUUUGUAAAAGUCAUUUGUAAACAUAUCUGAACCUGGCAUUUUUUUCCUUAGAGAGCUCAUUUAUGGGUUGUUCAAUUUCUUUUACUAAGAUAAAAUAAUGUAAAUAUUCUGUUCCCUGUUAUGUUAAUUUGUCUUUUUGUAAAUAUUCUUCCAUUUAAUUUCGAUGAUCAGUUUUAUUGACCUAUGGUUGAGCAAGAUAACUCCUAAUAAUAGCUUUUAUUUCCUCUCCAUUGGUUAUGAAUUGACCUUUGACAUUUUUUAUACUAAUACUUUGUUUUCUUUUAAAAAAUAAAAUC